UUUAGCCCUGAACACAGCGUUACCAAGGAGCGCGAGUGCAAAAGCAGCGCUAAUGUUGGAGUUUGAGCGAAGGCUAGCUGGCUUUCUUUUCUUCCAUAAGCAACAGUCACCUUCCCUGCUGUCUGAAAACCUAAACAUUCAUCAGGGAGCUGUAGUUUUGUCUGCUUUGUGCCAGUUUUCUGUAAAGCGAAUGGUAAAACAGCCCUAGCGUUGAAGUUUGGGUUAGCCGAGUUGGCUAAAGAAACGUUACGUUAACAACCGCGGAGCCAGCUGGCGAGAGAGCGGGACCAAAUGCUCUCUACGCGAGUGGAAGUGAUUUUCUAACCCGUUUCUGAUCAGUUAAAAAGUUUAAUGCGCCCUGUUUGGUAUUAAUGUUUAAAAGUGAAGGAGUGGAUAGCUAGCUGGCUAAGCUAGCGCAUGCUGGUCGUACCCGCUCUUUUAAUGUGCUGGAGGAGUUAACCGCGCGUAAAUAUUGGUUGGUUACAGCUGGAUAGUCAACAAGGUGUGCUUUUGGGCGGAGUUUUGCCUGAGAAGAUUGUCAACAGCGGUUUUGUCUUCCGUAAUUUACUUUUUAUGAAGGAAGCUCUGUCGGAGAUUAUUCAGUUAGCCACUGUAGACUCAGAGCCAUGGGUGCUGAUGGUGGCAGACAUCCUGAAAUCGUUCCCUGAGACGGGGUCUCUCAAUCUGGACCUGGAGGAGCAGAACCCCAACGUGCAGGACAUCCUGGGAGAGCUUCGAGAAAAAGUGAGUGAGUGUGAGGCGUCUGCCAUGUUGCCUCUUGAGUGUCAGUAUCUGAAUAAGAGUGCUCUGACCACACUGGUGGGACCCCUCACACCCCCCAUCAAGCACUUCCAGCUCAAGAGAAAACCAAAGAGCGCCACCCUCAGAGCUGAGCUCCUCCAGAAAUCUACAGAAACUGCACAGCAGUUAAAAAAAACUGCAGGAGUGCCUUUCCAUGCUAAAGGAAGAGGACUAGUCAAGAAGAUCGACACCACAACACCACUAAAGGGGAUCCCCAAGGCUCCAUUCCGCAGCCCCACAACCCCCAGCAUGUUCAGCCCCCCCAGCAACAGAGCGCCCAUCGCCCCGGCACGCACGCCCCUGCGCAAAGAGAGAGGAGUGAAGUUAUUAGAUAUCUCAGAGCUGGACAUGGUUGGAGCAGGCAGAGAAGCCAAGAGGAGAAGAAAGACAUUGGACACAGAAGCAGGAGAGAAAGCGGCCAAAGAGGAGGCAGUGGUGGAGAACGCUACACCAGAUUAUGCUGCCGGCUUGGUAUCUACACAGAAAUUAGGGGCUUUAAACAGCGAGAGUGCCCUACCAUCAACCAGCUACCUCCCAGCCACACCCAGCAUGGUGCCCUCAUCCUCAUACAUUCCCAGCUCAGAGACGCAGCCGGCCAACGCCGGCGGUUCGGGACGUGACACUACAAACCGGCAGCCCGAGGAGUCCACAGCAACCGGCGCUGCUGCCGCCACACUGCCAGGCCAAUUCAAACAGAGACCGCCCAUGUACAACGCCAGCACUGCCAGCCCCACAGCCCCUACCUCUCCCACCACGCCCACCAGCACGCCUCUCAACAAUGCUCCCGCUCCUGCUGCCACAGCAACACAAGCAGACACGGCCACACCGCCGCCCACCACCACAGCUCAGCCAGCACCCACACCAGCCCCCCAGCAACCGCAGCCCAAAAAGAACCUGUCGCUUACGAGAGAACAGAUGUAUGCCGCACAGGAAAUGUUCAAGACUGCGAACAAAGUCACUCGACCAGAGAAAGCCCUUAUCUUGGGCUUCAUGGCAGGAUCAAGAGAGAACCCAUGUCCAGAGCAGGGUGACAUCAUCCAGAUCAAGCUGAGUGAGCACACAGAGGUUCUUCCAAAAGCAGACGGUACAGGCAGUACCACCAUGCUGGUGGACACUGUGUUUGAGAUGAACUAUUCCACGGGCCAGUGGACACGGCUCAAAAAAUACAAACCCAUCACGAAUGCCUCGUGAAGGAGGGCUGGCUUUGUACUCACACACACUUACACAUGCAUAUUUACAUACAUAUAUACAAACAUUCACACACAUCACAUUUUCUCCUGAAGAAGACUGGUUUCAAACAAAAUACACAAACGCACACAAAAAAACACUGACAGGCAAGUCAAGUACAUGUUCUGGGUCAUUCAGACAGGAUGUGGGCCAAAUUGUGAAUGACUGGCACUAGGGUAACUUUUGAUGGGGUGGGUUUAACAGGAGUGAGAUGGACUUCCUGUUUUGGCUGACCUCACUUCCUGUCUCUGUUCCUGCAUUGCCAAAAGCCAGGGACCUUUUUUCUUUAUUAUGUUUUUUCUUUUUUGUUUUGUGCUUUGUAAUGUUUCUUCAUUUUUAUGGCCCUUUGAAAAAAAAAAUCCCCCCAGAAAUUCCAGAAUGUGGGUGAAAAUGGAACAGAGGUGGGAAUCUUGUUCUGGAAUGCUUUGACCUUCUUUAAUUGACAGCUGUCAAAGGCAUAAACAGCGUCCAAACACAGGAAAAAUGUCCAUCUGUUUCAGUGUGAGAAUGUAAGAAAAUAAUUACAUUUGCAAAAAAAGGAAGAAAAAAAAACACAAGUGAAGACAGGCUCUUUGCUGCCUUUGCUGGUUACAUUUUUUGAACAGUUCUGGAGGAUGUGUUUGUUUUUCAGCUUCACAGAAGAAGGGAAGAAAUAAAGCGCUACAUGUCCAGACCCGAA